AUGACUAAAAAGAAGAAGAGUAUUAGUAGUGUCGAAGUAUGGGAAGCGAUCGCUAUUUUAGAAGAAAAAUUUAACGAAGAAAAAAAUUGCCUGUAUUAUCUAGUACAGUGGGCAGGCAAAGAUGAAUUUGGGAAUGACUGGGAACCAACUUGGGAACCUGAGAGUAAUUGUGGUUCUGCUUUAAUUGAAGAAUGGAAUGAAAGAAAGGCUGGGGUUAAUGAAUCAAAAAAAGGAGCUGACCUCACAUCACAAUGUAAUCUAGGUCCUUCAAAUAAAAAUGAAAGUCGAAAAAGAUCGAUGACUAAAAGUGCAUCAAAUGAAAAUUUGAAAGAAAAGCGACAAAAAGUGGAUCCUCUCUCUAUCAGUUACAACGCUAUAGAAUCUUCAUCAUCAUUAAAUAUCAAAAAAUCACAGUCGAGUCUUGGUAAAAGGCCUGCUCUUCCUAUAAUGAGAGUCGUUACUCUUGUUAAAUCUAUUCCAUGUGAUGGAAAUAAUCAAAAAAAUGGAAAAAAGAUUAAGAAGUCUGGUGAUGUUGGGGAUACAUCUUUGGAAAAUAUGUCUAAAAAAAAUAUGACUAAAGGACCAAUGACGGAUAUUCAAAAUUCGGCUAAAAUAAAUAGUAAUAUUCCUAAUCUAUUACUUAAUGUACAUAAUUCACCUAUUGUACCUAAUGUUCAUCAAAAACUUUGUAAAUUGUCACUUCCUUCGCGAUCCGGGCGAGUAUUUAUUUCCAAAAAGGCACAUACUAAACGUAAGAUUAAAAAGCGAAUUAAGGCUGUUUUAACGCCUCCCAGUACUGAUUUAGAAGUCUCAAAUAAAAGAGUACGUUACGAUGAAUCAUAUCUUAGUGAAGAAGAAGAAACUAUUAUUUCAGGACAAGUAAUUACUGAUAAUCCAAUUCGACCACCUAUAACAAAUAAUAAUGAUAAUGUUAUAAUAACAAGACCUUUACAAAGUUCCAUACCCUCCAAUACUUCGAUUACUUUAAGUAAUACUUCAUCGAAUAUAAAAUCAACACAUCAUACAUCACAUAUAAAUAAUAAGACUGAUUCUAAGAUACCUUCACAAACUCAAAAAUCACAAUAUAAUCCUCCCCCUCUUCUUUUUCCUCCUUCAAAUAACAAAACAAACACCUUGUUGAGGCUUCCUCACGUGAUUAAACCAAAACCUACUCCACAGAUUAUUGCACAACAAAUAAAUAUGAGUGAUGAAAGUAGAUUUGGUGCUACCAAUAAGAAGCCCACUUUUUUACCGAACAACAUAAACUACAAUAAUGAAUUGACAUUUUCGAAUGUCCGUCCUUUCCAAAACUCUCAAAAUUCUUCAAAUUCUAAUACAAUAGUUAAUGUCGCAAAUGGAGAUGUUAAUUCUAAAUUGAAAAAUAGAUUGAUACCGAAUUCCGAAUCAAUAUUAGGAUACAUUCCUCCUGAGACAGAAUUUCAUGGAAUAAAAUAUAUAACAUCUCGUAACACGAAAGUUGUGCCUCCAGAAAAUAAAGAAUAUAAACAGGAUAAAUCUCAAAAUGUGUGCAUUGCGAACAAUUUGAAUAAUAUGAAUGUUUCGAACAACUUAACACCAAAACCAUUCCAGUUCUCGUCAUCAAAUGUACAAAAAAUGUCUGAAGAAGUCGAUAAGCUCCAAAAUGAAGUUUCAAGGAUUUCUGGGUUUCCUACUGAUGAAAAGGUAAAUAAGCGCGAAGUAGUAAAAAAUGCAAAAAGACAAUUAACCAAAAUACAGACCGAAUUGGAAAAAUCCAAGGGAGAAAAGAAUACACGGUCAAGUAAUCAAGAAGAGAAUAAGAAACCAUUAAAUGAUACUCGGCUUGAAAUUAAUAUGUCAAACAAUGAUGCCAAAGAAUUAACUUCAUUACGUAAAACUAUUCUCGAAAAAAGUGGUCGUAUAGAAGAAAUAAGUAAUAAAUUUGAAAAAUGUAGGACUGAACUAGACGAAGAAAUUGACCUUUGUUCCGAUGAUGUGAGACCAGAUGAGAGGAAAGAGAGAUUAAAACGUGUUAUUUUAGAAAUGGAAUUAGAAUUUAUAAAAGAAUCUUACAAUAUUUCAAUGUCAACUACGAAAUUCUUGACAGAACUAAAAUUAAAUUGUGCGCUUAAGUCUCAAGAAGAUUCAAAUGUGGCAUCCUCCUCUUCUUUAUCCUCAUCUUAUUCAGCACCCAAUGAAUAUAAACCAAAAUUUGAUCAGACAAUUAAUACUCCAAUGAAAACUGUACAAAAUAGAGAUUUCGCAAAUAAUUUCAGGAAUAAUAUUAAUCGUCAAGAUAUUGAUAGUAGUAAUAUUGUUGAAACUAAAGAUAAUGAUAAAAAUCUUGUUAUUCCGACUCCAACUUCCACGACUAAUGUGUUAAAUGGUUCUUCACCAGUUAAAACAUUAAAUACGAAUGCAAAUAAUGCAAAUGGCAAAAAAUUUACAUUUUUUGGACCUACUAAUAAUACAUCGGAUACAACAAAUACAACCAGUAAUAAUGACAAACCUGGUCAGAUACAAAAUGUUAAAAUCACACCAAUUCCCAACAUUGAUCCCAAUAACAAUAAUACACGUUUACAAGAAAAUUUUUUCUGUGAAUGGAAUUCUUGUAAACGAUCAUUUAAUACAAAACCAAAAUUGAGAUUUCAUUUAAUUGAUGUGCACUUACGAGAAGGUACACAUAAGAGAAGGUGUGAUUAA